AUGACUGUUAUCGAGAACACACAGAUCGUCCUGGCCAGCAGACCCGUUGCCGAUAUCGAUCCCAAGACCACCUUCAGAGUCCAGAAGGAGUCCCUCUCAGCCGAGCUUGGCCCUAACGAGAUCCUGGUCAAGGUCCUCUACGUCUCGCUUGAUCCCGCCAUGCGCGGCUGGAUGCGCGAUGUCCGCUCAUACAUUCGCCCUGUUCGUAUUGACGAGGUGAUGCGCUCUUCCGAUGUUGUCCAGGUCAUUAAGACCAACAACACCAACUACAAAGUUGGCGAGCUCCUUCGCGCCACCUGCGGCUGGCAAGAGUACGCCGUCUUGAAGCCCUCGGAGGAUCUUGUCAAGAUCAAGGCCUUCCCCGGUGUUUCGCCCUCGACUUACCUCGGUGUCUUGGGAUUGACCGGUCUGACCGCCUACUUUGGUCUCUAUGAGGUCGGCGAGAUUGUCAAGAAGGGUGGUCCCAACUGUACAGUUGUCGUCUCUGGUGCUGCUGGUGCAACUGGUAUGGUUGCUGCCCAGAUCGCCAAGCAUGUCUUUGGCUGCCGCGUCAUUGGAAUUGCAGGAUCUCCUGACAAGUGCGACUUCUUGGUCAAGGAACUCGGAUUGGAUGCUGCCCUGAACUACAAGUCCAAGACCUUCUUCAAGGACCUCUGCGCCGUUACUCCCAAGUUGAUCGACAUCUUUUUCGAUAACACUGGCGGAGACAUUUUGGAUGGUUGCUUGAGACGCAUUGCCUUUAAGGGCCGUAUCAUUGUCUGUGGUGCCAUCAGCACCUACAACGAUGCCAUCCCCAAGGGACCAGCUUACUACAGUGCGCUGAUCACCCAGCGCGCAAGGAUGGAGGGCUUCAUUGUGUUUGACUAUGCCGCGCAGUACGGCAAGGCCAUUGAGGAUAUGUCGCAGUGGAUCAAGGAGGGCAAGCUCCAGAGUCGCGAGACGAUUGUCCAUGGCAUUGAGAGGGCACCUGAAGCUCUUGUGAAGUUGUUCAGGGGCGAUAACACUGGCAAGAUGCUUGUCAAGGUCGCCGAUGAGGACUCCCGCAGCCGCCUUUAA